AUGUCGACCUCGGCUCAUUUCAAACUGAGCGACUUUCCUCACAAAGUCCUUGACCCGAUUGCCACCCUCACCGUCCCACCGACCUACGCGACCAUCAAGCGUGCCCAACGCCAGCUCAUGACUAACGCCGCCGCCAUUCCCACACUCAAUGGUGGUGGCGCCCACGGCCACAUGGCCUUGACCCUGACCGCCCUUGCCUACGCCGACAUCAGCGACGUCCCGUUCGUCAUUUCCGUCGCCCCUCUGGCCAAUCCGCCUCCCGGUGCCACGCAACCGCAAAUCACCGAAAACAACCGCAUUCAUCAACGCGACGCCGACAUCGACAACCUUUAUGUCGCCGUCAACAACGCGCUUCGCCAGCAACUUCUCGACGCGGUUCCCCGCAUUUAUGUCCGCGCCCUCGCCCAUCCCAUGUUAGAGUUUAGCAACGUCACGUGCCUUGACUUGCUCUUGCACCUCUGGACCAAAUACGGUACCAUCAAGCCCCCCGAGCUCCAGAAAAAUUUCCAGUCCAUGUACACCCCUUGGAACACAACCGAGCCGAUUGAAUCAGUUUUUCUCCAGCUUGACGAGGCCAUCGCUUUCUCCGUUGACGGUAACGACCCCAUCUCGGAAGCUGCUGCUGUUUGCGCAGGCUACGAAGUCAUUGCGCACUUGGGCCUGCUCCCACUGGACUGCAAAGAAUGGCGCAAAUUGCCUACUGCUGCUCACACCCUUGCCCAUUUCCAGCAGCACUUUUCCCUGGCCGACGAAGACCGGCGCCUCACGGCAACCACCGGUUCCCUUGGAUAUGCCAACCAAAAACCGGCGCCAUACAAGCGCCACAUGCAAGAACAAGGCCCCUGGCCAUGGUGCCAGGCCCUCGACUCCGGCCAUCUUGCGACUUUUCCAGAACUUUCCUCCCGCCAGGUCCGCAAGUAUCCACCUAGUUCCCCCGCCAUGGUCAAGGGCCACCUUGACCAACAACGCGCGAACCUUCGCUCCACCAAGCUUCCCCCUGUCGGUUCCCCCAUCCCGACGGAACCACCUGCCGCCGCUGUGCCUGACCUUGACCCUCCCGACCCCCCCCCCCCCCCCGUCGCAUGCACACACCAUGUCUUUGUUGCCCACCAAAGGGUUACCGGUCAGAUCUACACGGACCAACCGGGCCGUUUCCUCACUCCCUCCAGUGCCGGCCACAACAACAUGCUUGUUCUUUACGAUUACAAUAGCAACGCCAUCCAUGUCGAACUCAUGAGGAACAAGUCCGGACCCGAGAUUCUGGCCGCCUACAAACGUGCUCACGCUCUGUUUACCCAGCGCGGCCUGCGUCCACAACUUCAGCGCCUCGACAACGAAGCCUCUACCGCCCUCCAAUCCUUCAUGACCUCGGAACACGUCGACUUUCAGCUGGCACCCCCCCCCCCCCAUCUGCACCGUCGUAAUGCCGCCGAACGAGCCAUACGCACCUUCAAGAAUCACUUUAUUGCUGGCCUCUGUACCACGAACCCGGAUUUCCCCCUGCAUCUUUGGGACCGCCUCCUCCCCCAGGCCCUCAUUACCCUCAAUCUUCUUUGUCGCUCCCGCAUCAAUCCCAAGUUGUCCGCCCACGCACAACUUCACGGUGCCUUUGACUACAAACGCACCCCGCUUGCUCCUCCCGGCACUCGUGUCUUAGUUCAUGUCAAGCCAGCUGCUUGCAAAACCUGGGCCCCCCAUGCUGUUGAAGGUUGGUCGGCAUCAAUAAUUUUACAAGCAACAAGGGCUCGAUGGCUCUGGCCGUCAGGGGCUACAUGA